GUACUUUAAACGACGUCAGCCAAUCAGAAGGUUAAUAAGUGUUCACGUGAUUGGUAUCUUCCACCCUCCCCCUUUCAGCGCCAUCUUGCAUUGUAGUCACCGGAGGCUUUCAAAAAUGUUCGAGUCUCUUAUAAAGGCAGCCAAGGUGAACCCACCAUUCAGUAAUCCAUUCUAUGCCAAGUGCGAAAGCUUGCUGCCUGUUAAUGAAACUCGGACAAUAGCGGCAGCCAAUGCAGCAGAAACCACCAGCUGUGAAUAUGGUUCUGCCAAAUAUUAUGCUUUGUGUGGUUUUGGUGGUAUUUUAAGUUGUGGUAUUACACACACUGCUGUUGUUCCUUUGGAUUUGGUAAAAUGCCGAAUCCAGGUUGAUCCUGCAAAGUAUGGCAACAUUUUCAAUGGUUUUAGAGUUACCAUCAAAGAAGAUGGAAAAGUUGGUUUAACUCGAGGAUGGGCUCCUACAUUUAUCGGAUAUUCUUUGCAAGGUCUUGGGAAGUUUGGUUUCUAUGAAGUCUUCAAAGUAACAUAUAGUAAUAUACUUGGUGAAGAAAAUACCUUUCUAUGGAGGACAUCUCUAUAUUUAGCUGCCAGUGCAUCCGCUGAAUUCUUUGCUGAUAUUCUUCUCUGUCCUAUGGAAGCAGCCAAAGUGAAGAUUCAGACAUCUGCAGGUUAUGCUAAUACUUUGAGAGAAUGUCUUCCAAAAAUGAUCAAGGAAGAAGGCAUGUCUAGUUUCUAUAAAGGUAUUGUUCCAUUGUGGGGACGACAAAUUCCUUACACAAUGAUGAAGUUUGCUUGUUUUGAAAGAACCGUUGAAUUUUUGUACAAAUAUGUUGUACCUAAGCCUCGUUCUGAAUGUUCCAAACCAGAGCAGCUAGUUGUCACAUUUGCUGCUGGUUAUAUCGCUGGUGUAUUCUGUGCUAUUGUAUCUCACCCCGCCGACACACUCGUAUCAAAACUGAACCAAGCUAAAGGGAGAAGCAUGGGAGAAAUUGUUAAAGAACUAGGAUUUGCAGGUCUGUGGAAAGGACUUGGUCCCCGUAUUAUCAUGAUUGGUACAUUAACAGCUCUGCAGUGGUUUAUUUAUGACACUGUAAAAGUAGUGUUUAAACUUCCACGGCCACCACCACCAUCAAUGCCGGAAAGUCUAAAGAAGAAACUUGGUAUAGUUGAAUAAGUUUAGGAACUGAUGACAUAUCAUCCUGUCCUGUUUUUUUCUCUCUCCUUCACUCUCUACAACCAUAAACAGUUGAUUAGUCCAUAAGUUGAUGGAAUGUUCCAUCAGUAAUUAGCAAAGAAGUUCAGCAACCCAACUGAACUGUUACAAUGCUAUUUGAGAUCGUUUUUGCAGAAUACCAAUUCAUGAAGCAAUAUUUAAGUUGCUAAUCUUCACUGAUCACUCCACUCGUGACUGCAGCAAAAACUGCAGUAGAUGCAGCUGCAACAGUGGUGAUGUUUCACUUUAUCCAGCUGCAAGCAACAACAUUGUACAAUGUACACCAGAACUAGUGAAAUAAAAUAUAACUUAACUAA